AUGGUGGCAUCUACACCGCGCCUGAGGAUCAUGCCAGCCCACACUCGCAUGACGAUGUCUACAAUUACUGCUCCAUGCCCCAUCCACGCGCAGAAACCUACUCUCUGCCAAGUCCGAACCAGCCCUGGCUGCGACAAAGUCCACGCUCAUCUGUACGCCGCUCCAGCUCAUGGUGUUUCCCCUGCGCAGGUCUACGGGCAGGCCUACUCAGACCCUACCAAUCCAUUCUUAGACUCGUACGUUAACGGGUCAUGCCAAUACCCCCAACUCACCAUCGGGGGCCUGCUUGAUGGCUAUCAACACGGUCGGGAUCUUCGCGCCGUCUACGGCGACAAGCUAGGCUUGAUCCCAUCGUCGCUGAACCAUCACACGGACAAAAAUCUGGCUACGCACCAGUUCCUCACCAUUAACGCAGAGCUCCGCGGGUGGAGCCUCUGGUAUCGACACGGUCGAUCGUGGGUUUCCCUGUGCUGCGCAGAGUUCACUGCUGUCAACGAUCAAUCGUCCCCGGAAUGGAAGGAGCAUCUGUCUGUGACGCAGUCGCUGCGGAAUCGUCUCGCUGUGCUCUUUGAUGCCAAUACAUCAAGCUGGAUGUCUACCUUCGAUCACUUCGCCGAUAACUUUCAGGCACGUCUUUGUAAUGGAUACGAGCUGCCCUGUCAGUUGGACGGCUCUGGAUGCGCAACAAUGGACGAUGCGUACACGGUCUUCCGUGCCGGUGACUGGGAAUGGAAUUACUGGUGGCGAUAUAAUGCCAACGCGACGAGAUAUAUCCAGCUUGUAGAGGGGCUGUUCAUCGGUGAGAUAGUGCGGAAGCUGGAGGUGGUGCAGCGGCGGAAUUCCGAACUGGUGUAUAGCCAUACUUUUUUGUUCAUGAUGGGGAUGUGGGUCCUAUUUUGGGUGCGUUGGGAGUAA